AUGAUGAAUAAAACGAAAAUCAACGAUGACAUCAUCUACUACUUGCCAAUGACUGCGUUCAGGUUUCCACAGUCAGACGAUGUUUACUUUUCAUGUUCGGUCGAAAUCUGCGAGUCAUGCCGAUUUCCGGGUCCUUGCAAUCUCAGGAUAAGGCGAUCGGUGAGCACCAACGGCGAUCGCGAUGCAGAUUGGUCGAGCGUCCUCAGUCAGUCCAGGUUUCAAAGUGUGGUACUGUAUGAUUCGAUGAGAAUCACCGAGGACGAAAGUAGUUUUCAUGAAAAUGAAGAACCGGAACCAUCUCUCCAUGAAGCCAACGAUGGUGUAAUGGGUUGUAUGUCAAGCACCCCUGAAUUUCCCAGUGAUGUGCAUCCAAACCUGUUUACUGUAGCAACCUGCGAUAACUCCGGUCGAGGAGCUGACGGUUACUUGGAGGUAACGCUGGACGAGAUCAUUUUCCACCAGCGACGUCAUGACGCCAUGCGUUGGCCGUUACAGUAUGUCAAGCGUUACGGCUACGACAACAACAUCUUCAGGUGA